AUGGCGGCGUAUCAAGUUGGAUUGUUGGUUGAGAAAAUGUCGAGUCCCGAUAAGGUAAUUUUUGCUAUUUUUAAUUUUAGGACACGUGGCCUUCAUUUUUGUUAAAUUCUUGAAAUGUUUAUUUACUAAAACAAUUUUAAUCUAGGACUUUCGAUUUAUGGCAAUCAACGAUUUGAUGAAAGACCUUGUCUCAGGCACUUUGAGUUUGGAAGAAGAUGCAUCGGCAAAAGUGAUUCGAGCAUUGAUUCGACUCUUGAAUGAUUCGAAUGGCGAAGUUCAGAAUUUGGCUAUCAAAUGUUGCGGAAUUCUUGCACAACCAUCAAGGAUUAAACAUCAUCAUGUUGGUUUUUUAAUUUGAAUUUGAAUCACAAGGGGAAUCGUUUUAAUUACAACCUAAAAAACUGUUUUGAAUAACAAAGUUAUAUCAUUUUCUAGCCAAAAAUACAAUUUUUAGAAUAAAAUUGUGUUAUUGCGAAAUAUUUUUAGCAACUUUAUAAUAGUUGAACAGGAUCACCUAAAGAAACAAAUAUACGCAGAAUUUUUAAUUCCUAAAUCAUCGGAGGGUAGUUGAGCCUUCAGAAUCUGAUUAUCUAGGACUCUGAUGACGUCACGCUGAUCAGUGGCACAAAUUUAAGUCAAAUUCUACUCUAUUUUCUUUCAGCUCGAAUUUGCUAUCGAAGAACUCACCCCAUUCUUAUUCAACAAAUGCGAAGCUGCCAGAGAUGUUCAUGCAUUAACCAUCAAAGCUGUGAGUUAUCCAAACUCUUCUCCUCCUUCUCACAAUAGCUAAUUUGAAUAUAUCAUUUUUUUUCAGAUCAUCCAAAAUCUUGCGCCAUCUUCUGCGAAUAAUUCGAGUGCUGGAAUUGUCAAAAAAUUGUUGCCGAAAUUGACGGAUGCAUUGAGAACAAGACAAUUGGAUGAUGCGGCUAAAAUUGAUAUUAUUGAUAUUAUUGGAGAUUUGUUGUUGAGAUUUGGAGAUACUGUAAGUGGCUUGAGGGAUUUUAUGAUAAUUGGGAUGGGAAGUUAGAAUUUCAGUUCUGAAUUCAUGAUUUUUUUAAUAUUAAUAAUUCUUUUGAAAAUCGGAUCUUUCACUGGCUAAAUUUUUCCAAGCUCACUAUCCUAAUCCAUGAAUUCCCUUUUCCCAGGUUCCGGAACUCCACGAUUCAGUUCAUGACGUCAUUCUGCUUCAAUUGAAUUCUUCGCGUCAAUCAAUUCGUAAGAAAUCAACAUCCGCAUUUGGAUAUUUGGCAGCAGUCGCAACUCCAGUUUUAUAUGAUCGAAUUGUUGCUGGAUUAUUGGAUAAAUUGGGAAAUGCAAAAGGCGCUGAAAAUUGUCGAACUUUCAUAGUUGCAAUCACUUUUGUUGCAAAAUCAAGUGGCGCAAAAUUUUCAGAUCAUUUAUCAAAAGUUGUUCCAUAUCUUAUUCAAUUUCUUCGAUCUUCUGAUGAUGAUGAUUUAAAAGAAGCUGCACUUCAAGGAUUAGAAGUAUUCCUUUAUCGAUGUCCAACUGAAGUUGCCGCAUUUCAAACUGAUGUUCAACAAGUUCUUUCAACUAAUCUAUCUUAUGAUCCAAAUUAUGAAUAUGGAGAUGAAGAUGAUGACGAUGAAAUGGAUUGUGAAGAUGAUGAUGAAGAAUAUUCAGAUGAUGAAGAUAUGACAUGGAAAGUAAGAAGAGCAACUGCAAAAGCAAUUGAAGCUAUGAUUAUCUCAAAAAGAGAAUCAUUUUUAUUGUAUAUUUCGACACUUGGACCACUUUUGAUUUCAAGAUUUAGAGAAAGAGAAGAAACUGUCAGAAAUGAAGUUUUAUCUGCAUAUAUUGCACUUUUGAAUCAAUUUUCUAUCAUUAUUCCGCGCUCUGCUAUCACUUUGGUGAGUUUGGGAGAGACAUUAAUUUAAAAAAUGAAAAUUUAUUUAGCCUUCGGAAACCGAAUCAAUGCAAAUCGAUGAUGUUUCCACCAAUAUUUCUACGGUUUCUCUUUCGCCAGAACAAAAUCAAAUUGUUAAAGCUUUAGCUGAUCAAAAAGAUCGAUUGUUGAAAUCGGUUACCAGGAUUAUUAAAAAACAUAUUAAAAGUGGAUCGAAGUGUUUGGAAUUGUUGACUUCGCUUGUAAAGUGAGUUUCUGGAGUUUGAAAUUGAAGGAAAAAGGGUUUUUUGCGAAAAAAUGAAUUUGAAAUUGCCACGUAGGAGUUCACGUAAAAAAAAUAAAUUUGGUCGUUUUUUUCAUUUCAAAAAUAUUUGUGACAUUUAUUUUUAGUUUUUCGAUUUUAUUUUUCACGUCUGCACUCGAAAAUUUCAAAAUGUUUGUUUUCAGAUGUUACCCUGGAGCUCUCGAUUCGUAUUUAUCCGAUUUGAUUCCAAGUGUUUCCAAAAUCCUAAUCGAUAAACAAGCAACAGCUCAAGGUAAAAUGAUUGUGCUCAAUUUCAUAUCAAAAGCGAUUGCUCAACACGAUUCCAAAGUUUUCGAACAACAUCUCGAUUCUCUUACAAAUAUUGUCACAUUUGCAAUCGAAGAUCAAUUCUAUAAAAUCUCAGCCGAAGGUCUUAUUUUAUCUGGAAAAUAUGCGGAAGUUUUGAGAGAUUGCGGAAAUGGAGAAAAUGUGGCGACAAAUGUGGAGAAGUUGUUUGAUACAGUCAAUCGAAAAUUUGUUGCAAAUGAUACAGAUCAAGAUGUUCGAGAAAGAUCAAUUAGUUCAAUUAGUCAUAUUGUUGCAUUAUUCAGACAAGAAUUUGGUGGAAAAAUUCAAGGCGUUUUGGAAAAAUUGACGGAAAGAGUUGGAAGAGAAAUGACGUGUUUGGUUGCAAUUCGAGCAUUUUCGGAAAUCAUAUCAGUUGGAAUUUCAAUUGAUCAGAAUUUAUUGAAAACAUUACUUGGACAUAUUGUUGAAUAUUUGAAGAAAAUUUCGAGAUCUUUGAGAAUCGCUUCACUUAUUUUUAUACAAAAUUUAUUGAAUUCGGCGAUUGAAGGAAUUUUAGAAAUUCCGAAUAUGGAAAUGUCACAGGUUUUGGGAGAAUUGCCAAAUUUAUUGAAUGAUGCUGAUUUGCAAAUCACUAACCAGACAUUGGGAUGUUUGAGUAGUAAGUUUCUCAAUACUUAAUUUUUGAGAGUAUUUAAAGCAAAACACGUUUUUUUCAGCUGCAUUUGCUAGUUUCCCACAUACUGUUGAAAUGCACCUCGAUUUGAUUUUGGAGGCGAUUGUUAAAAUGAUUCAAUCAUCUCUUAUUCAGGGAGCCGCACUCAACUCACUUAUGAGUCUUUUUUCGAAUAUUGUUAAGGGAAAUUUGGAGAAUCAACCGACUUUUGUGGUGAGAUUUUGGGAAUUUUGACGAAAAUCUGAUGUGUUUUUUUUCCGAUGAAAAAUUGAAUUUAUAUUUUACAAUUGAAAAAACGUUGUCGAUCCCGAUGUUCUUUCACAAAAUCCUAUAAUUUCUUUUUUUUUCAGAAAUUAUUGGAUACAGUAACUUCGCCGGUUUAUGAUGUUCCAAAUCUUACUCGACAAUCCCAUCAUGCAAUUUCAUCGGUUGCGUCAACAAUUGCUGAAACAACAAAUGAUUUGGAAAAAUCGCGAGCAUUGGCUCAAAAAUUAGCCGAACAAUUGAUUGAUACAAGAUCGACUGAUUCGAUUCGACUUUUUGCGAUGAGUACAAUUGGAGAAUUAGGAAGAAGAUGCCCACAAGUUUUUGUUGAUAGUGCCAUUCGGUAA